AUGAAUGCAAAAGAAAACUUUAGUAGAAUUUAUGUUUCCGAAACGGAAAUAUAUCUCCGUGUAUCAAAUACAAAUUUGCAGGAAGCCGAUAUACGCAAAUUAUUUAAAGAUUUUCAUGUAAUCGAAUGUAAAGUGAAAACGAAAACCAAUAUUAACAUUAUAUUCAAAGAGACAAUUUUGUCGAAGAAAUCUGUGGUACCUAACCCAAAUUCAUUAUUAAAGAUUAAUUACAAUGAUCAGCAAAGAAAGCUAUUAUUGGAGCCAAGUAUUUUUAAAAUACCGACAACACAACAUCUUUCAAUUCAAAAAACGUUAAGCUUCGAUAGUGAAUCGUCCACUGCGACCACAAAACAGUUACACACCGUUUAUACAUCAGCACCUACUCUCGGAACCCAGCGUUUAACAAAUAAUGGAGCAAUAACCCAAUUACCAAUAAUAAAAAGUUUCGGUAAAAUAUUGUUCACCCCAACCACCAGCCAAUGGGGAAAUACCUUGUUAACCAUUAAUUCGACAAAUCCUAGAAUGACAACAGCAGGUAUGCAGCCUUCAGUUGUAAAUAGUGCAAUAACUCAAUCAUUUAUGAUUGAAAAUGUAAACAAGAAAUCGUUCACGACAACCAACAAUCUAUUGCAAAGUACUUUGCCAACCAUUAAUUCCGCAAUAAUUCCAAUAUCAACUGUAGGUGUACAGCCUUCAACUAUAAAUAGUGGUCUGUUACCAACAAUUAAUAAUUUUGGCAAUAAAUCGUUUACAGCGACCACCAACCAAUUACAAAGCAUUAUGCCAAGGAUUCUUACCAUACCAUCUGGAGAUGUACACACUUCAGCAGUAAAUAGUGCAAUUACUCAGUCAUCUAUAACUGAAAACGUCGGUAAGACAUCGUUCGCGACAAGCACCAACCUGUAUGGAAGUACUUUGCCAACCAUUAUUUCGCCAAUACAUCCAAUACCAACUGUACUUAUACAAAGUUCAGGCAUAAAUGGUGCACUAGCUCAGUUACCUAUAGUAAAAAGUUUUGGCGGGAAAUCGUUAACGGCAAUCACCAACGAAAUGCAAAGCAUUUUUCCAAAAAUUCCUACAACACCGACUGUGGAUAUACAACAUUCAGUUGUAAGUAGUGCAAUUACUAAGUCACCUAUAACUGAAGAACUCAGUAAAGAAUCGUUCACGGCAGCCACCAACCAGUUGCGAACCACUAUGGCAGCCGCUUAUACAAACACACCCAUAAUGAAUAGAAGAAAAAAUCCCAUUAUAUCACUUAAACGUACUUUGCCUAUAGCGGAAAUCAAUGCGGCAAAACUACCAUUAAGAGUAGUAAAAAUCGCGAAGAAAAAACGUGAUGAAGAAGACGUUGGUUCCACUCCUAAUAUUAUUCCAAAGCCACUUAAAACAGAGUUUCAAGAGAAGAAAAAAGAAAAUGUGAAAUCUGAUGUAAUUCCAUUAAUAGGUAAAACAAGAUUAAAUGCUAGUAGUAGUCAAGGAAACCAGUCACUAUCUACCAAUGUUAAAUUGUAUUACGCAAUGCCUGGCACUUAUGAGCCGAACGAGAAAUUUGUUGCAGGGCCUGAAGGCAGUAAUAUAAUUUUAUAUGACUUUCCAGAUGAUUUUUUGACAUUAGAUUUGGAGAUGAUAUUUUUACCAUAUGGAAAUGUCGUAUCAACGAAAAUAUCAUCAGAUAAUGUUUUUCGGCGCAUUUGUUUCAUCGCUUUCGAUAAAGCUGAGUCUGCAGAUAUGGCGGUUAAAGCAAUCCAUGGAUUAAAUAUGGGUGCAAAUACUCUUAAGUGCCUUAAAAUUCAUUUUAAGAAUAAUUCUAAAUAA